ACGACAAAAAGCAGCGCUCUUUUAUUUAAUCUCUUGUUCAUCCGCGGGUGGCUCCUCCUCAGAGUGACAACCUCCGACCAUCGUCGUCCGGCGAGAGAGAUCGGAGCAACAGAAGCAUCAGUCGAAGAGGAAAAAUGGAUGAAUCCCAUGUCAAGCAGAUUAUUGAGCAUCAGGUGCUAUCGGUCGCCAAGGUCGUGGAGGAGAAGCUUGACGAGGAGAUCGCUGCACUGGAUCGGCUUGAUCUAGACGAUCUCGAGGCCCUCCGCGAGCGCCGCAUCCAGCAGCUCAAGAAGGCCGCUGAGCGUCGCAAGCAUUGGGUCUCCCUUGGCCAUGGUGAGUACUCAGAGAUUCCGAGAAAGGACUUCUUCUCUGCCGUCAAGGCCAGCGAUCGUGUUGUCUGCCACUUUUACCGCGAUAACUGGCCCUGCAAGGUGAUGGACAAACAUCUAAGUAUUCUUGCUAAACAACAUUUUGAAACACGCUUCCUCAAAAUUCAUGCUGAGAAGAGUCCCUUCCUCACUGAGAAGCUUAGGGUUGUUGUUCUACCUACACUUGCUCUUGUAAAGCAUGCGAAAGUAGAAGACUAUGUGGUCGGCUUUGAUGAGCUCAGGGGCACUGAUGAAUUCAGCACAGAAGAAUUGGAGGAAAGGCUUUCUAAGUCUGAAGUCAUCUUUUUUGAGGGAGAGGGCUCUGCAAAUCAAUCGAAGCCCGCCACAGCUAAGAGAAGUGUCCGGCAAUCAGAAAGUUCAAAUUUAUCUGAUUCUGAUUAGUUUGAUCAUAUUCGUUUAUUGUCUGUUGCUUGAGGAUUCAGAUAAUUUUUAUGGCUUUAUUACCUGCUUUGUAAACAUUGGAAGCUUGUGGCCUGCAACUGCCCUCCAUGUUUGUCUUGUUGUAUAUUCCACUCAGUUAUCUAUGAGUUCAACUAAUUAAUCAGAGUUGCAAAGCAUUCUAUGA